GGCGAGAGGAAGGGACUUCUGAGCAGGCCUCUUUCUGGCUUCAGGCACAGGAAGUAAAGGUAUUUUGCAUCUCCAGGAAUCCCUUCUUUCUCGGUUUGGCGGACUUCCGUUUCGAGGGAGAACCAGUUUGGCCCAGGUGAGUUUGAGCGAUGACGUCUCAAGGACCAGCUGUUAGAAACCCUUGUGGACGCAAAAGGCAGAGUAAUGCAGAGGUGACAGCAGGGGACAAAAUAACCAAAGACUGCAAGAAGAAACCCCAUGUGGUAAUGCAACAACAGUGUGAAAAGACUAAGGAGGGAAAGAAGAGACAAUCCAAAGAACCUGGCGUCCCUGAACAUGUCCGCCAAGAAGUGGAAAGCUGCUAUCAACUCAAGAUGCCUGAAGAUUUCUACGAUUUUUGGACAUUUUGUGAGAAUCUGGAUCGUGACAAACCAUGUGAUGCACUUAAAUCAAGCACUGGGCUCCAGUUAGUUGGACCAUAUGACAUUCUUGCUGGAAAACACAAAAAGACUAAUGCACCGAGAGAUGUGAACUUCAAUCUUCACUGGAGAUUUUUUUAUGAUCCUCCUGAAUUCCAGACAAUCAUUAUUGGAGACAGCAAAGUACAGUAUCAUAUGGGAUAUUUCAGGGAUGUGCCAGAUGAACUGCCAGUGUGGGUUGGUGGGAAUGAAGCCAAGAAAGGUCCAGUGAUUUCUCAACUUGGUGACAAUGUGUUUGCUGCUGUAAAAUUAUUUUUGUCGAAAAAACUUCAGGAGCUGACGGAUAAAAAGAAAAGGGGUAUUUUGAAGGAUUUGGAAGAAAAACUAACUGAAAGAGCCAAAGAAUUGGGCUAUUUGCUGGAGCUAAAAACCAUGAAGAUGAAACAGAGAGAUAAGAAAAUUGUAACAAAGUCAUUCCAUGGAGCUGGUCUGGUUGUACCCGUGGAUAAGAAUGAUGUGGGAUAUAGAGAACUUCCUGAAACUAAUGCUAGUCUCAAAAGAAUCUGUAAAGCCAUUGUUGAUGCUCCUAAUGAUGACGAGAGACGGAAAUCUUUUGCCCCUAUUCAAGAAAUGCUAACGUUUGUUCAGUUUGCCAACGAUGAAUGUGACUAUGGUAUGGGAUAUGAGCUGGGCGUAGACCUCUUCUGCUAUGGGUCACAUUAUUUUCAUAAGAUCAUUGGCCAGUUGCUGCCUCUUGCUUACAACUUGCUGAAGAGAAAUCUGUUUGCAGAGAUCAUUGAAGCUCAUUUAGCUAACAGAAAAGAAGAUAAUGUUGACCAACUGACAGCAUGAUAUGCAAUAUCUCAAUAUAGUGAAAUACCAAGUAUGUUUGUUUUGGUACUAAAUUGAUGUAGUUUUGUGAUAAAUAAACAUUUUUCUUAAAAA